UGCACUCGUCCGAAACGAUCAACAUUUCUUCGAACGCGCUACACACUUCGGCGACUUCGGGUGAAGUAUCUUUGGCGUACUGGUGUUGGCUUGAUACCGAUGGAAUGCGCGGCCUUGUGGACAUCCGGGAGGGGAUCAACAAUGACUCGAAUCUCAGAUCGGCGUCGGCCUAUCGCAGUGCAGCCCGGGUAUCGCCAUACCUUGACUUAGUCUAACGCGCUCCGCCCUCGUCUUAGUCUUACUUCGAGACGGUGCAACAGGAUACCCUAGCGCGUUAUUGACCCAACUGGCAAGGCCUGCCCAAUCUCACCGCCAUGUCUCCGGAUCCUACGGAGGACGCUGCACGUCUCCACAACUCCAAGUCUCAAUUUCGAAGUUAGGCUCUUCGAAGGUAGUCGCCUUCGUCAUCGGUAUAUAAGGGAGCAUUCCAUCGUCAUAUCGAAGCAGACCAAAGCAGCCUCCUCUGGUAUUCGCAUCUUCUCAUCCAGACCAAACCUCCUCAGCCAACCUCAGCCGUAUAUAAAGGCCCUCCAGUCCACCCUAGUAUCCUUACCUCUCACCUAUCCUACUUACUUGCGAUACCAAUGGCUCCUACCGCUGUCUUCUCUAACCCCGCGACCAACCCCGUCGCCAACCUCAAGGCGUCUGUCAAGACGGCAGAGGGCGUUCCUGCAACCUUGAACGACCUUCUGCUCCAGGCGACCGAGAUGUACCCCUCCCACGAGCUUAGCUUCAUCACCUCCUCUGCCCACGACUCCUCUGUCCAGGCCCGCACCUUCCAGGACUUCAACCAGCGCGUCCGCAACCUCGCGUCCGCCCUCGCCGCCUGGAAGAAGCCCGCUGGCGAGGUUGUCGUCGUCUACCUCACCGAGCACGAGGACAACAUGUCGGCCGUCUGGGCCUGUCUGCUCGCUGGGCUCGUCCCCUGCCUGCAGCCCGCCCUCAGCGCCCAGCAGGAGCACAAGGAGGGGCACAUUGCUCACAUCCGCAAGCUCUUUGGCUCGGCUACGUGGCUCACGAACGACGCGGGAGCUAUGCAGCUCGACACAAUCAAGGGGCUCGACGUCCACCUCUUCUCGGACCUGCUGGCCAGUGCCGAGAAGUCCUCGGUGGCGGCCAACUACGUUGCGCGCCAGUCCCAGCCGGACGACGAGGCCAUUCUGUUCUUGACGUCUGGCUCGACUGGCUUCUCGAAGGCCGUCGUCCACACACAUCGCACUAUCAUCAACGCCUGCAUCGCCAAGGGCGCAAACUAUAGACUCACCCCUCAGACAAACAUCCUCAACUGGGUUGGCUUCGACCACGUUGCCGGAUCUCUGGAGAUGCACAUCGCUCCUCUGCUCUACGGCUGCUCCCAACUUCACGUCCACGCCUCGGCGAUCCUCUCGGACCCCUUGCUUCUUCUCCGUCUCAUUGACGAAAGGUCUAUCGACAUCGCCUUUGCCCCCAACUUCCUGCUCGCCAAGAUGGUGCGUGACCUUGAGAAGCGCACGGACUUGCACGGCAAAUUCGACCUCAGCUCUUUGAGGCGUAUGAACAGCGGUGGCGAGGCCGUCGUCAGCAAGACUGCUGUGGCAUUUGUUCAGCUUUUGAAGAAGCUUGGACGUAACCCUUCGAAGGUUUCCUUCAAGGUUGCAGCUGGUUUCGGCAUGACCGAGACUUGCGCUGGAUGCAUCUACGACGUUGUGGACCUCGCGGAGAACUCGCCCAAGCAUGAGUUCCUUGCCCUCGGAGCGCCCGUCCACGGUUGUGAGAUGCGCAUUGUCGACCCCGAGGACGGUGUCACUCCUCGUUCCGAUGGCCAACCUGGUGAACUCCAGGUUCGCGGUCCCAUGAUCUUCGUCCGGUACUACAACAACCCCGAGGCCACCAAGUCCAGCUUCGUGGAGGGUGGCUGGUACCGCACCGGCGACAUCGGUAUCAUCGAGAACGGCAACAUGCGCCUCAGCGGUCGUAUCAAGGACACGGUCAUCGUCCACGGUGUCUCUUACGGCAUCCCCGAGCUCGAGACCUACCUCCAGACCGUCCAGGGUGUCACGCACUCAUUCCUCGCCGCAGCUCCCUACCGUGCUCCCGGCCAGGAGACUGAGGGCUUCGUCGUCUUCUACGCUCCCACCUUCGACCUGCGCGGCGACGAUGCCUCGAAGAAGCUCUCAGAGACGCACCGUGCUAUCAAGGACGUCUCCGUCAAGAUGAUGACCCUUCCUCCUCAGCACAUCGUCCCCAUCCCCAUGGACCAGAUGGAGAAGACCACGCUUGGAAAGCUCUCGCGUGCCCGCCUCCUCUCGCAAUUCGUGCAGGGCGCUCUCGCCAAGCACGUUGCUCGUGCUGAGGAGCUGAUCAGCUUGGCUCGUGGCGCUAGCUUCGUCGCUCCUUCGACUGACGAUGAGAAGGCGCUCGCUGCUAUCUACGCGGGAAUCUUCAACCUGCAGUCCAACGAGGUGUCGGCGCGCGAUAACUUCUUCGAGCUGGGUGGCACUUCUAUCGACGUCAUUCGUCUCAAGCGCGAGGGCGAGGCCCACUUCGGUCUUUCCGAGAUCCCCAUCAUCCAGAUCCUCAAGAACCCCAUAGUGUCGGACUUGGCCAAAUACGUCAACGGCCUCGUGAACAAUGACGCCAGUGCCAAUGAGUACGACCCGAUCGUCCCUCUCCAGCUCAGCGGUGACAAGACCCCCAUCUUCUUCGUUCACCCCGGUGUCGGUGAGGUCCUCAUCUUCGUCAACCUCGCCAAGUACUUCCAGAACGAGCGCCCCUUCUACGCCUUCCGUGCUCGUGGCUUCGAGCCCGGUCACCCCUUCUUCGGCUCGAUGGACGAGAUGGUCACCUCGUAUGCCAACGCUAUGAAGAAGACACAGCCCAAGGGCCCCUACGCCAUCGCCGGCUACUCGUACGGUGGUGUCGUCGCCUUUGAGGUUGCCAAGCGCCUCGAGUCCAUGGGCGAGGAGGUCAAGUUCGUCGGUCUUAUCAACAUCCCGCCGCACAUCGCGGACCGCAUGCACGAGAUCGACUGGACGGGCGGCAUGCUCAACUUGGCUUACUUCCUCAGCUUGAUCACGAAGCAGGACGCCAACGACCUGCACCCCAAGCUGAAGACGAUGACGAAGGAGGAGCAGCUUGAAGUUGUCUGGAAGCUCGCUCCCCCGGAGCGUCUUGUCGAGCUGCAGCUCACCCCCGGGAAGCUCGACCACUGGGUUUCCAUCGCCGGCUCGCUCAUCGAGUGCGGCAAGUCGUACAACCCCGGCGGCAACGUUUCCGCUGUCGAUGUCUUCUACGCCAUCCCUCUGAAAGGCAGCAAGGAGGACUGGCUCAACAAGCAGCUCAAGCCCUGGAGCCAGUUCAGCCGCGGCGAGCCGCAGUACAUCGACGUGCCAGGACAGCACUACACGCUCAUGGACUUCGACCACGUCCCGCAGUUCCAGAAGAUCUUCCGUGGUCGUCUGGAGGCACGCGGACUCUAAACUAGGGAGGUUUGUUUGUCUCUCCUCGGGUCCUUUCGAGGGUUUCGUGUUGGGGUCGGCGGCGGCGAUACACUAUAGAGCCUAAUUAGAUUUGAUAGAUGAAGGUCACUAUAAUUAUAAAACG